CUUCUCUUCUUUCUUCUCUUCCUCGAAUUCCUGUAACUGAACUCUAAUAAAAAUUGACCAAAGAUUUUCAAACGUGCAUCAGGACCGGCUAUCACAAGCGUCCACUACGUGCUGAGCUUCACGAAGCAGAUGAUAGCUGAUAUUCUGUAGGAGGAAGUCCAAGAAGUUUACUGAUCUUUCGGAGCCUGCGAUUAGGACAUCUCAACUACGAGUAUAAUCGUUGACUCGAUUUCAAGAAACAACGGGCACGUGAAAAAUGCAAUCCUUCACGUGCAGUGUUUUUCUCCUGGUGGUGGUGUCGACCGUAAACGGGAGACCCGAUUUUUCGGAUUUACCGCCUGGCCCUUAUUGCGCUAAAUUGUAUCCAGAUUGUUGUUCGGGUCGCGAGGACCAAUGUAAUACACCGAUCCUCGACGGUGUUUGUUACUGUGACGAUUUUUGUGACCGAUACAGGGAAGAGGAUUGUUGCCCAGAUUUUUGGAGCCACUGCAAAGGAAUCGAACCUAACGUCACUCUACCACCCCCAGAGGAGACAAGACGAUGCUUUUUCCAGGGGAAAUAUUACAAUCACGGACAAACGCUUAAAAACAAUUGCAACAUAUGCAAAUGUAUGGGCAUGGGUAGAGUGGCGGAGGUACUUUGCGAACAGAAUCGAUGCCUGCAAGAACCAGAACUAAUAGAUGAAAUCAACUCGAAUCGUUUUACGUCGGGUUGGAGGGCGCGAAAUUACUCCGAAUUUUGGGGUAGAACGUUAAAAGAAGGCGUGGAACUACGCUUGGGCACCUUGAAUCCAUCACAGUCGGUUUACAGAAUGCAUUCCGUGCGACGGAUUUACGAUUCGGAGUCCCUGCCACGAGAGUUCGAUGCCAGGUCUCGUUGGCCCCGUGAGAUUUCGGACGUGAACGAUCAAGGUUGGUGCGGCGCAUCCUGGGCGGUUUCUACUGCACGUGUCGCUUCAGACAGAUUUGCUGUGAUGAGCAAGGGAACCGAUAGCGUCCUCCUCAGCGCACAGCAUUUACUCUCGUGCAACAACAGAGGACAAAAAGCAUGCAGUGGUGGCUACUUAGACAGAGCCUGGCUGUACAUGCGGAAAUUCGGCCUGGUCGACGAAGAUUGCUACCCAUGGAAAGGCGCGAACGUACAAUGCAAACUGCGAAAAAGAACAGAUUUGAAGACAGCUGGAUGUCGUCCUCCGACAAAUCCGCUUCGGAUAGAAUUAUACAAAGUUGGGCCAGCUUAUCGACUAGGUAACGAGACCGACAUCAUGUACGAGAUUUUAACAUCGGGACCAGUGCAAGCCACCAUGAAAGUCCACCAAGACUUUUUCUCUUAUGAAUCGGGAAUAUAUGAACAUACGCCGUCCACUGAAGCUUAUCAAUUCGGUUAUCAUUCAGUUAGGAUUAUUGGAUGGGGAGAAGACACAUCUAUAUACCAUCGUCGUGGCUCGCCGACCAAAUAUUGGCUGGUAGCUAACUCUUGGGGUCACCAAUGGGGUGAGAAUGGCUUCUUUCGUAUUCAAAGAGGAACCAACGAGUGUGAUAUCGAGUCGUUCGUGGUAGCUGUAUGGGCGAAAACCGUCUAGGAGAAAGUACAAGAAAUAGAAUAUUUGAUUCGAGUAACUUUCAUAAACGCUGCAUUUACUCAUCGGAUCGGAUAUAUCCGUAUUGCAUUGCGUCGCGUUGUUGCGUUUCAUUUCUAUCAAUAUGCAAAAUCUAUUCACGUCUAAUUCAUCAUUAUUCUCUUUACAUAAUUACAUAUAUUUCACAUUCACAACAAAUUUCACAUAUUUUAUUAACGUUUCAAUGAUAUGCUCGCACAUAGUUCAAGAAAUAAAUGAAAACGAUUGUCAAAUA